AUGACAGAAGAACCGGUUUACAAUAUCAUACAAACAUGGCGCGCAAAGGAGCCACAACCGGCCAAAGGAGGACUCUACAUGCCAAACAUGAUAGACGAGGGAAAUCCAACCACAAUUCAAUCCAGGAGGGAUAGAAAAACAGUUCGGUCGAAGCAGAACUCAAUUGGCCCGAGUAAAAAAGGAGAUAUCACAUUCACAAUCACUCUCUCGGCCAGAAUCGACGACCAAGCGACAAUGCUCGACCAUCUCCCAAACGGCACGACCGAAGUCCACCAAACUUCACAGGCGACCUCAAAACAUCAUUGUGGUCGGCAAAUCCAAAAGUUAGGACGCGAAAAAGUGCCUGCUCAGAGAGAUAGACGAGGAAGCUCAAUGCGGCCAACGGCGAUGCAUAGAAUGGCCGAAGAACUCAAAACCUCAAAAAGGCGCGAACACCGGUGGAAACUGAUCCUCUGGAGUCCAAAAAACACCGAGGAAGAAGAAAGGAAGGAGACGAUCGAACAGAUUAAGAGAUGGCCAAAGGAAUCACAUCCCGAAGCCAUUGGCGCGCACGACGAAAGAUCUCCGAAUCCACACGUUCAAAUCGCCUCAAACUUCACAAGGAGCCACAAAAUAUAA